AUGACUUCAGCUUUCCGGGUCGAAGAGAUCUCCAAACUCCAAGUUACUAGCAGCCCCCCAGAUCCAGCGAUCAAGACUCUACAAACACGGCUCCUAACAUCCACAAACCAAAUCGCCCACUUAACACGCGAGAAUGCUGAUCUCAAGCAUCAACUCCAACGACUCAAUGAAGAGCGCAAACAAGCCGUCGAGGCCGGUGUUAAUAAAGUUCUGGAAAAAGAAUGGCUUCCUGUCUUCAGACAGCUCGACCAAGAUAAUAAACAGCUUCAUGCCCGAAAUAUUGCUUUGAACCGCCAUAUCUUCAACGGGGAGAAUGAGCUUGUACAUCUACGUGCCGAGCAGGCAGAGAUGAAGAGAUCUACGCACAUUGCCGAACAAGCCGUGAGGAAAUAUGAGCAGCAAGUAAAUAAGCUGACCGAGACGAUCUCGCGCAACGGGCCGAAAGAAGAGGCUAGACAAGGAACCACACGCGAUGAUGACUAUUUUGCUACCGAGUUCUCAGAGCUGGUAAACGGGGUGCAGCAGUGGGUGUUUAGACAUUUUAGAGGUGGGGCCGAGGAUAGGUUGGCUGGGCUAGAGGGGGACUUGAAAAGCGCCUUUGAAGAGUGUGUUCACGAAGCCGAACCAGUAAAGAAGUCGAGGGCGCAGUUAGACGCAAUCUCGGCGAUGGUAGUAUGGAUGUUGAAUAGAGAUAUAUUCCAGACGUUUAGAUACCUGGCUUUCGGGGACCUGCAAGAGCCAUUUGCGAUCUUGUACGAUACAAUAGAGGGGACUGAACUUCAACGACAUUUGUGGCGCUCAAAGACUGUUGAUAUGCUAUGCAAGCACCCCGACGUUCUUGCUGCUUUCGCCACAGCGGUCGAAGCUCACACGAAUGAUCUCUCCGCGCUUUUCACUCCCCUGUGCGCUAAGACCUCUAAAGUUGAACUACGCACCAAGUCCCUCCAUGCGCUUGUCGAAAAGACCGCAAAGCUAGCUCUGGAAGUUGCGCAACAGCAAGCAGUCUUUGACUUGUGGCCAGUUGCCCCCGGGGAAGAGUAUGAUACGUAUUUGAUGGAAGAUGCUGCAGCAGAUGCAGAGGAAAGAGAAGAUGAAGAAGAUAGCGAAGCGGAAGUGAGGGUACAGCUAUUCCCAGCGGUGCUGAGGAUGGACUUUGAUAGAGAUGGCGUGAGAAGAGACGAUAAUAUCGCGGUGGUGUUGAAGGCAAAAGUUGUCUCGAAGCCUGUGGCAAAGAUCGAGUAA